CGCUAUUCUUUUUGGAAUCUCAUGUUCAGGGUGGGCCUCCAGGACUAGGUUUGUGCUAGUUUAGGUGACACAGCACAGUCUCCUUUCACCCAAAGCCAGGGGUCACCGGGGGCUACCUCCACACCAUCUGGCUGUCUCUUAGUUCUCACGCCAGUCAGCACCCUCAGGACCCUGACCUGCUUUUGGACACCUUCUGCAUGGAUUAAGGGUACACCUGAGACCCACUGAGAAGACCCAGCAGCCUCUGGUUUUAUCCUGAAGGAGAGAAGAGACACGGAGAAUGGUGGAUUUUCCAGGAUACAGUCUGUCAGGUGCAGUUGCCUCUUUCUUCCUUGUACUGCUCACCAUGAGACAGCCAGAAAACUGGAGAGUGAUUGGUCCUACACAUCCUAUCCUGGCCAGGAUUGGGGAAGAUGCCCUACUAACCUGUCAGCUCCUCCCCAAGAGGACCGCAAUGCACAUGAAGGUGACCUGGUACCGCUCAGAGCCCAGCACACCUGUGUUUGCACACUGGGAUGGAGCUGAUGUGACCGAGAUGCAGAUGGAGGAGUACAGAGGCCGGGUAGAGGUGAUAAAGGAUGGCAUUCUUGAGGGAAAAGUGACUCUGAAGAUAAACAAUAUCCAGCCAUCCGAUAAUGGGGAAUACUGGUGCUGUAUCCAAGAGAAUAACUAUUGUCAAGAAACAAGCUUGCUGCUUAAAGUUACAGGUCUGGGGUCUGCCCCUUACAUCCACAUGGAGGCACCUGUUGAAAGUAGAAUCCAACUUGUGUGCACUGCAAAAGGCUGGUUCCCAGAACCUCAGGUUUAUUGGGAAGAUAUCACAGGAGAGAAGUUGCUGGCUGCUUCUGAGCAUUUAAUCCAAUAUGAAAAUGGCCUGUUCUAUGUGGAAGCCACUCUUGUGGUCAGGAAUGACUCUGUGGAGAAUGUGUCCUGUCUCAUCCACAACCCCAUCCUCAAUGAGAAGAAGAGCUCAGUCAUCUCCAUUCCAGAGAAAUUCCAGAAUGAGCUAGCUUCCUUAAAAGUGAUUGGACCUUCCCAGCCCAUUCUUGUCAGAGUGGGAGAAGACAUACAAUUAACCUGUUAUCUGUCCCCUGAGACUAAUGCACAAAGCAUGGAGGUGAGGUGGAUCCAAUCACACCGUUAUCCUGCUGUUUAUGUGUAUGCGGAUGGGGAACACGUGACUGAAGAGCAGAUGUCAGAAUAUAGAGGAAGGACAGUGUUGGUGAAUGAUGCCGCUGAGGAGGGGAGACUGACUCUGCAGAUACACAAUGCUACAGUGUCAGAUAAUGGGCAAUACCGGUGCCUUUUUGAAAAAGAUGGUGUCUAUCAGGAGGCCAGUUUUGAUCUAAAGGUAGUAGGUCUGGGUUCUUCUCCGCAGAUCACCAUAAAAGAACAAAAGGAUGGAGAAAUAGAGCUGAUAUGCAGUUCAGAAGGGUGGUUCCCAGAGCCCCAUGUAAAGUGGAAGGACAUGGAAGGAAAGAUAAUACCAGCAUUUUCAGAGGUUAUGACUGAAGGCAGCCAUGGGCUUUUCCAUGUGGAGACAUCUCUAUUGGUCACGAAUAGCUCUAUUGUGAAUGUAACUUGUACCAUUAGCAACCCCCAUCUUGACGAGGAGAAAAUGGCAAGUUUUUCUCUCUCAGAACCCAUGAUGAAUUUUUCAUGGAAGAUAGUGCUUAUUUUGGUAUUACUUCUUGCUGCACUUGUGGGCCUGGUCAAGAGAAAAAGCUGUAAAAAAGGUUCUCCUGACAACUUUCCUACACCCAGGAGAGUUUGCAACAUCUCCAAGGGAAAAAAAUAACCUUGGAUUCUGGAAACAAAGCCUGUAUUCCAAGUCCCAGUCUUCUUCUUUUACCAGCUGCUUGAACGGGCUCACACCAUAAUCCAGCUAUCAAAUCAAGAUGCUUUAAUGUUACUCUGGCUUCAAAUCUGAUCUAGAGACUGAUCCCUUCAGAGAAAUAUCCUAUCCCAAGCUCUCUGAUAGCCUGCCACUAAUCACAACCUGAUAUGUGACGAUCAAAGACUCUUAGAAAAUCCAAUGGGAAAUGUAAUUAGGCCUAGACUGAUAGGUUUCUUUAUGAAGCUGAUAAUUUUCCAAGUGGGUAUGAGGAAGUGAAAAAUACAGGUAAAAAAGAGUAAAAGAAAAUAAAGCUGAAUAGAAGGAGGAAAUCUGAUCACUGAGAUAUAAUCUUGAAUAUCAUAUGAAAUGUAGAAUUCCUACGCCAGACUUUUUCAGAAAGUGGAGACUUGGAGUGGAAAUAUUUUUAGAAAUUAUAUUCCAAGACAAAUACCAUAUGAUUUUAUUUAUAUGUGGACUAUAAAAGCAAACCAAAUGAAUAAACAAACAAAAAGCAGAAUCAGACUAUAAAUACAGAGAACAAAUUGAUAGUAGCCAGAAGGGAUGGAGUACGGGUGUGGGCAAAAUGGGUGAAAGGGAGCAGGAUGUACAGGCUUCUAGUUAUGGAAUGAAUAAGUCACAAGAAUAAAAUGUACAGCUUAGGGAAUAUAGUCAAUAAUAUUAUAACAGUGUUGUAUGGUGACAGAUGGUAGCUACACUUGUGAGCACUAUAUAAUGUUUAGACUUGUCGAAUUACUAUGUUGUACACCUGAAACUAAUGUAACAUUGUGUGUUGACCUAAAUAAAAAAAAAUUUAAGGAAAAAGAAAUUCUAGUCCAAGAAGAAAAUUAAUUUCUUUUCAUUGUAUCUAUAUGAGAUGAUAGAUAUUAACUAAAUCUGUUGUGGUAAUCCAUUCACAAUAUUUGCAACUUGAGCCAUCAUGCUGCACACC